CUAAUGAACGUCGAACAAUCCCCACAAGUCCGUAAUGCAGCAGAAUUAAAAUGAAAAACGAAAGUGAACCGACCGAGAAGAAGCAAGAAGAAGCGGUGUCCUUAACGAAACGUGCCAAAAAAAUCCUAAUCCCGCCGAAAUCCCCGAAAAGUGCCAAAUUAAAACGCGCGAAUUUUUUGAUCAGGAAAUUAAAAUUGAAAUCGAAAAGUGCACCGACCCGUUCGGAGUCUGCUGAUAUCUCGAAGCUUCCCUCACAAGGUGCUUCAAGUCAAUCCACCCCCGUGGAGAGGCAAACUCCCGAAGGGGAUGAUAAUUUCGUCUUGACUAAGUCGGCCUCAGAAACGAACUUACAAGAAUCUUGGAAAAGUUCGGAAAAUAUCGACAAGGACACUGAAUCCGCCUCGGCGAGUAAGAGCGAGGUCAGCUUUGACAAUCCGGAGUUCUACAUCAGCUCAGAACCCAGGAAAAGCAUUCCGGAACGCACCAAAUCUCUGGAGAACUUAAGGAAAAUGCCUGCUUAUGGGGAACUUAUCCUUGAUUCGGCCACUCUAGGGUCCAAUGCAAGUACAAGCAAACCCAAAGACCACCUGUACAAGAUUUUAGUGAUCGGCGAUUUGGGAACUGGUAAAACGUCGAUAAUUAAACGAUAUGUGCAUCGGUUCUUCACGCAGCAUUACCGUGCGACCAUUGGUGUAGAUUUUGCUUUGAAAGUACUUAACUGGGACGAGAAUACUCUUAUACGCCUCCAGUUAUGGGAUAUUGCAGGACAAGAAAGAUAUGGCAACAUGACAAGAGUAUACUACAAAGAGGCAGUGGGAGCAUUCAUAGUUUUUGAUGUGACUAGAAGAAACACCUUCGAGUCUGUAGCAAACUGGAAACAAGAUCUGGAUUCUAAAGUGCAACUUCCAGAUGGGUCUCAUAUACCCUGCGUUCUACUUGCAAAUAAGUGCGAUCAACAAAAAGAAGGAUUAGUAACAAACCCAGCUAAAAUGGAUGAAUACUGCCGGGACAAUGGAUUUUCUGCCUGGUUUGAAACCUCUGCAAAGGAUAACAUUAACAUUGAUGAAGCUGCAAGGGCUUUGGUGGAAAAGAUACUGGAGAAAGACAGUGUGAUAAACAACGACAAAAGGGGUGAUCAAUUUUCGAUAACAAGAGAUUCAAAUCCGGAGCCAAGUGGAAACAAGUGCUCUUGUUGACAUCAGUUGCCAUUGGUCUUUUUAAAUUUAAGAAUAUUCAAGAUUUUAUUAUGAUAGAAUAUAGUAUAACCCGAAUUUAAAUUUUAGUGCAUAUAUGUAUUCGCCUGGUUUUAAAUUGUUCUAAUUGUCCUUUGUUUUGAAUGAAGUAUGUUAUUGCAUCGCAUUUAUUCAUGUACUACUUAUUUAGGUAGAAUAAAAAUUUCUUGUUUAUUAA